UCUCGACUAAACCGCAGUCACACACAACAAGGGGGAGUUCCUGCGCCUCAGCUGCACAUCCACCCGAGCCGUCCUCUGUCAGGAACGCUGGAGGAGUCGCUCCUCAUGACUCACCGCCUGGGACCUGCACAUUAUUUCCAGAAAUAGAAUCCAGCCAGAUAGGAGCUCAGUUUCCCUUCAGCUCGCAGAGUUUAGUUCCCGUGGUUCUUGUGACGAGCGGCACAGGUCGUGACAGACUCAAGAGUUUAGCCUAAUAUCUGUUUUUCUUCCUGGAUCGGAGAUGUCUGAGGACGUUGGGACAGCCAAGCCCGGAGGAGUCAUAGCCUACAUCUCCUCCGGCUCUGCCUCCACCCCAGAGUCCUGUUUGAGCAGCAGCCCCAGCAGCGGCUACCUGUCGACAUCACCGACUGUGUCCCGCCCCUCGCUGCCCAGCCGGGCUGUGGGCAUGGUGGUGGAUAUCGCUCCGCCUGCCAAGAGUGGCCACUCCCGCAGCAACGGAACGGAGAAGGCCGGCCGAUCCUCCACAUCUGCCAAGAGCAGCAUCACGAAAAUCAACGGCAUGGUGCUGUUGUGCAAGGUGUGUGGUGACGUGGCCUCGGGCUUCCAUUACGGUGUCCACGCUUGUGAAGGCUGCAAGGGCUUCUUCAGGAGAAGCAUCCAGCAAAACAUCCAAUAUAAGAAGUGUCUUAAGAUGGAGAACUGCACCAUCAUGAGAAUCAACAGAAACCGCUGUCAGCAGUGUCGGUUCAAGAAGUGUCUGGCAGUUGGCAUGUCCAGAGAUGCUGUUAGAUUUGGUCGCAUCCCAAAAAGGGAAAAACAGAGGAUGCUGUUGGAGAUGCAGAACGCCAUGAACAACAUGAUGAGCAGCAACAGCCAGCUGCACAGCAUGCUGCACGGCCACCAGAGCCCCGCUCUUCCCAUGGAAGCCAUGAGCAGCGAUGCCAGCUCGUCUCCAUCCUCUUCCUCCUCCUCUGCUUCCGACUCUCCAUCGUGUUCCAACCCCUCCUCCCCGCAGUGUCCCCAGGACUCAGAGUCUGUGGUUUCCAUGGACACCAACUCCAGCUCGGCCUCCUCCUGUGCAGACAGCAGCGAGGAUGAGGCUGUCAUCACAGUGAGCAGGCAGCACCAGGAUGCCUUCACAUUCAGCCAGCAGAGAUCACCAAGGCAAGGCCAGGCCUCGCCCUCACCGGCCACAGUCGACUCGGGAACCGGGUGUGACAACCGCAUGGAGGAGCAACAGGAGAACUGGAACUGCUGGAAUAACAAUGUGGCCACGGGAGGUUACCAGCACAGCUCUUACAGCAGUAACCAACAUAUUACCAACUCUGCUUAUCGGGAGGAGAGGGAAGUUUGCCAGCAGCAGCUCAACAGCGCCCCUAGCUGUGAACCAUCAGAAUGCAGCCAAAGACAACAUGAAUUGAACAGACAAGCUGCCUCAAGUGGUUAUAACGGACCAAGCAGCUGUGUGAACAGUAGAGCCCAUCUGGUCUGCCCGAUGAACACGUCGCCAUAUGUGGACCCCCGCAAGCCCAGCCAGGAGAUCUGGGAGGAGUUUUCCAUGAGCUUCACCCCAGCUGUACGAGAGGUGGUCGAGUUCGCGAAGAGGAUCCCGGGCUUCCGUGACCUCCCCGAGCACGACCAAGUGAGCCUGCUGAAAGCUGGAACUUUCGAGGUGCUGAUGGUCCGAUUUGCCUCUCUGUUCAACGUGGCUGAGCGGACGGUGACCUUCCUGAGUGGGAAGCGCUACAGCCUCGACACACUGCGCUCGCUGGGCGCUGGUGAGCUGCUCAACUCCAUGUGCGAGUUCAGCGAGAAGCUGGCGGCUCUGCGGCUCGAUUCAGAUGAAAUGAGCCUUUUCACCGCCGUGGUGCUCGUCUCAGCCGAUCGCUCAGGGAUCCAGGACCUGAACUCCGUGGAGGCUCUGCAGGACAAACUGAUCCGGGCGCUGCGAAACCUGGUGAUGCAGAACCACGGCGACGAGUCCGCCACCACGUUCACCAAGCUGCUGCUCAAACUUCCCGAGCUGCGUUCACUCAACAACAUGCAUUCAGAGGAACUGCUCUCGUUCAAAGUGCACCCUUGAAAGCUUCCUAGCGGGGUACACCGGUACUCUCCACCUCCUCCACACACAUCCACCUCCACCAGGACCUGCCUCUGACUGCCCCUUCGCCCCCUGUGUUCGACCAACCUAGUUGUGUGUUUGUUUCUAGGCUGUAAAAAAAGUAGUUUUUUUAUUCUAUUUUUGUUAAGUAGGCCAUGUGGGGUCUGAAGAAAGAACAAUAUAAAAUGUACUGUAUUUAUAGAAGAGCUAGCUUACGCUUGUUGCACACAAACACAUGCAAGUGCAUGUGUCAGAGGUUUUUAGUUUUGCAGUUGGAUGCAUUUUUCUAUUUUCAAGAAGAAAAAGCGUCUGUAAGUGGCUUUAUGAUACUGUAGAGAAUCGAAACCAGUCAGUCUGAUAUUCAUUCGAGUUUUUUUCUUUCUUUUUGAUGUUUAACGUUUGUUUUCUCCAAAAGCCAUUUAAUUCCAAAGUGUAUUCUCUGCUGCGUGAGUGAAUGUGAGAGACAACAUAUACUGUACCUUACAUACAUGUCUGUCUGGUCCAAUAUUUUGACUGCUACAUGUUUGGCAAGGAAGGCAAGCUAACAGAAAAUGUAUUGAAGAAUGUGUGACGAUCGCUGCUAAUGUAUGGCUGUACUUAAUGCAAACAGAUACCGUUUGGAUCUUCUCCCCUUGCCUCAGAAAGCAUCAGUUUAUUGUCUCGAUGUAAAUAGUCUUGUGUAUGCUUUCUUUUAUUUAAUUUUGUUUACGUCUUCAUGUCCACGGCAACUGCCUAUACACUGCCCGGUGAUUUCUGGGGGAGUUGAUGACGCCAUUGAAAACACUACAUUUGCACAACUUCUGGAGCAGAAAACCCAAGUACCACAAAAUCCACAAAUAGUGUGACACAGCAUCAUGUAGAGGCUUUACGCAAAUGUAAUCACAACAGUGUUCUUGCCAUUUUCCCAGUCUGGUUUUGGUUUUUGCUUUUUUUGUGUUUUUUUUUUUUGUAAAUCAAAUUGUUUUCAGCAUAGCACUGAAUUUUGACACGUGUUUUUGUCAUGUUGAAAUAUCGCUUUCUUCUAUUGGCAAAACUGCCACAUGUAAAUAUCUAUAUAAAUAUAUAUAAAUACGUAUAUAAAUAUCUGAUGGACAUAGACUAUAAAUAUGAUAUAGUAUGAAUAAAAGCAAGUGAAGUAUA